AUGUUUUCUUCUGCUACCAAGAUUUUUCCUACAAUGAUGCUAUUAUGGGCACUCGUUUCUCCCGCUCUUGCUCAAGCUGAUCCCGUAGCAUGCACAAAUUGUCUUGCACUUUGCCAAGCCAAUUGGAUUCAAACUGAAGUGAACUGCCAGGCCAAUGACACUCCACAAUGCCGUGCUUUCCAAUGCUCAUACGAUAUGAUUUGUCGGACCCAAUGCAACUCUCAUUUCCAAUGUAAUGCAGAAAUGAGACCUCAGUGUCUUGAACCUUCUCCCACAGCUUCUACCCCAGCAUCUUCUUCAACCACGUCGUGUUCAGCACCCGUCAUGACAGUCACUACUACUCAAACAAGUACUCUUUGGUCGUGUGCCAUGACCACUACAAUCGGAACAAUGCCAUUUGCUAUGGAUUUUGAAGCUAUCCCUACUGAAGGACUCGCUGGUUAUCCUCAAGGACUCUAA